GUCCAAUUUUACAUAUGUAAACGAUGCAUACAUAGUCAGUAUCGCCUGCCUUCGCGCUCGUUUGUUGGCUCUGUUGGGGCCUGGCAAACUCGAAUUCAAGCCAACAACAUUGCACGCAGUUCUUCCGAUUCAUCCAUAAAACCGACCAAUUGUGGUUCUCAACUCGUUGGACUAGAGUAUAGGCUAGCCGUGUAGCCGGCGCGGGCUCGGCCUGCUCAAACAGUUUGGAACUUGCGCUAUCUUGAACGUCCCCAGCAACUGGCCGCUCUUCAAAUGUCAGAUAGCCGAGUCCUCAGACAACGCAAGGUCGUAAACUAUAAUGAAAACGUCGAAUCAGAGGAGCAGAUGCUGAACAGCAAGGUUGCCUCCCCGCUGAAGGGGCGACCGCUGGCCGGCAGGGGGAAGGAGAAUGCCAAAGAAAACAAGAAGUCCAGGCCGGAGCGGGAUGAAAACACCGACGUCGUUGAGGUGGGCAGCGACGACGAGAACGACUUCGAGGCCGCCCCGCGCCCCGACCAGCCCCGCGCAGGCCCAGCCGCUACGCAUAAGGCCGCCACCAGCCACCAUGAUGAUGAGGAGGAGGACGCUAUCGAGGACAGCGAUGUCGGCGGUAACAAUGCUUUCCUCUCUUUUGCGCGCCCUGGCAAGAAGCCGGCGCCAGUUGCGGCGCCACCCAAGGCCGCCGGCGGCCGCCCCAGCCGCGCCGCUGCGGCGGCCGCCAGCCGCCGCACGGCGCGCGCGCUGAAAGCUGACAAUGCCGACAGUGACGAGUUACCCACCGAUGGCGGUGAGGAGCAGGAGGCAGCGCCGGUGCAGCAGAAGGACGCGCGGCCGGCGCGGCAGCAAAAGCAGCCGGUGGCGCAGCAGCGCCGGCCGGCGCGUGCUGCUGCGGAGAAGGCCAACAAGCGCCUGCGCCGUGACUCCAUGGAGGUAGACGAGGCGAGCGAGGAUGAGGACGAGGAGGAGGAGGCUGCGGACGAGGAGAGCGAGGAGGCGGCGGAGGGCGCCUUCAGCGAGGCCGAGGAGGAGGCCAGCGGCAGCUCCGAGGAUGAGGAGGAGGAGGACGGCGACGAGGAGGAGAUGGAGGUGGACGAGGAGGUCAAGGCCACCAGGACCACUCGCCGGCGCACCGGCGCUGCCACCGCCGCUAAGGCGGCCACCAGCGCCCGCCCAUCCCGGGCGUGCGUUGCGCGGGCGGCGGCGCGCGCUACCAGUAGAAAGGCUUCUCUGGGCAGCGACGAUUACGACGAGGAGGAAGAGGAGGGCGGCGUCGCGGCGGCCAAAAAGCCAGCCGAGGGCGGGGACGUUGUGGUAAUUGACGGGAGCAGCGAGGAUGGCGAGAAGCCAGCAGCCCGGCUCGCGGCGCCGAAGCGCAGCCGGCUUCGAGGAGGCAGCGCCAACGGCGCCGGUGCGGACGAGGGCGCCGAGAAGGAGGAGGCGGCACUGGCGGACUCAGACGCAGAGCUGCAGGACGCAGGCGGCGACGGUGACGGCGACCAGGAGUUGGAGGAUGCGGAGGAGUCAGAUGUCAGCGGAGACGAUGAGGAGCAGGACGUCGGCUGCGCACGGAAAAAGGCAAAGACCGGCGCUGCCAAGGCCAAACCGGCGGCCAGGGCAGCUGCCGGAAAGGCCAAGCAGCCGGCGGCUGCACCCUCCGCUGCUGCUACCGCAGCGGCGGGCGAGCGGUCGAAGGCUCGGGAGGCGGCUGCCAAGGGCAAGCCCAAAGAGGCGGUGGAGCGGAUCCUGUCGUACGAUCCGGCCACUGACACUUACCUUGUCAAGCUGGAGGGCGUGUCCUACCGCGACACAUGCCGCGUGUCUCACUCGUUCCUGGAGGCCAAGCGCGCCAGCAUGCUGCGUGUGUACCUGUCCCGCGGCCGCCCCAACACCGAGGUGGACGCCGACUGGACGCAGGUGGAGCGCGUCAUUGCGGAGCGCAGUGUGGCGCGCGGCCGCGGCGCGCCCCGCGGCCGCCAGCUGCUGGUCAAGUGGCGCGGGCUGGAGUACAGCGAGGCGACCUGGGAGGACGAGCAGGAGCUGCAGGGCAGCGAGGCUGACAAGGCCGCCAUCGAGCGCUAUGAGCACUUCAAGGCGCCCGUCAAGCGCCAGUCGGCCGGCGCCGACGGCCCCAGCCUGCGCCAGCUGCGGCAGAAGGACUACCAGCUGCCGGAGUUCUGCAGCGGCCGCAAACUGCGCGACUACCAGGAGGUGUCUGUGCGCUGGAUGGUGAACAACUUCUGCCAGCGCCGCAACUGCAUCCUGGGAGACGAGAUGGGUCUGGGCAAGACGGCGCAGAGCACGUCAUGCCUGCAGACUCUGCGCAAGGUGGGCGGCGUGCCCGGCCCCUUCCUCAUCGUGGCGCCGCUCACCACGCUGGGCCACUGGCAGCGCGAGGUGCAGACCUGGACCGACAUGAAUGUGGUGCUGUUCGCGGGCAGUGCCGCCGACCGCGCCGUCAUCCUGGAGCACGAGUUCUACCACACAGGCAAGGCCGCGGCGGCGGCGGCGCUGCUGGGCGGCGGCGGCGGCAGCGGCCGCGGCGGCAAGGAGGUCAAGUUCCACGUGCUGCUCACGUCUUACGAGACGCUGCGCCAGGAAAAGUCGCUGUUCAAGAGCAUCCCCUGGGCCGCCGGCGUGUUCGACGAGGCGCACAAGCUCAAGGGCCUCACCAGCAGCACGCGCGCCACUGUGGAGGAGCUGGACAUCCGGUGGCUGCUGCUGCUCACAGGCACGCCCAUCCAGAACAACAUGACUGAGCUGUACUCCAUCCUGUCGCUGCUGGACCCCGAGGGCUACCCCUCCCUGGACGACUUCAACACGCGCUUCGGCGGCGCGGGUCCCGGCCAGCCGCCCAGUGUGGGCCAGAUCAAGAAGCUGCAGGAGGCUCUGGCGCCCAUGCUGCUGCGGCGCAUGAAGGAGGACGUGGAGGAGCUGCCGCAGAAGGAGGAGGUGGUGAUCUGGGUGGAGCUGACGCAGCAGCAGCGCGCCUACUACCGCGGCCUGUACGAGGGCUGCAUCGGCGCGCUGCUGGGCGGCGGCAGCAGCAAGAACAUGCCGCAGAUGCGCAACCUGGCCAUGGAGCUGCGCAAGCUGUGCUGCCACCCGGUGCUGUGUGACGGGCUGGAGGACGACCUCAAGCUCAAGCUGACGCAGCAGCGCUUGGCGGCGGAGGCCGCGGCGGCGGCAGAGGGCCACGCGCCCGACACGGAGUUCAAGUGCCCCGAGACCGAGGUGCUGGUGCGCGGCAGCGGCAAGAUGACGCUGCUGCACAAGCUGCUGCCCAAGCUGCGGGCCGAGGGCAAGCGUGUUCUGAUCUUCAGCCAGUUCGUGAUGAUGCUCAACGUGCUGGAGGACUACUGCACGCUCAUGGGCUACCCGGUGGAGCGCAUCGACGGCUCCAUCAAGGGCCGGGAGCGCCAGCAGGCCAUCGACCGCUUCUCAGCCGCGGACGCGGACCAAGACAAGGCCUUUGUGUUCCUCUUGUCCACCCGCGCUGGCGGCCAGGGCAUUACGCUGACGGCUGCCGACACGUGCAUCAUCUACGACAGCGACUGGAACCCGCAGAACGAUCUGCAGGCCAUGGCGCGGUGCCACCGCAUCGGCCAGACCAAGGAGGUGACGGUGUACCGCCUGAUCAGCGCCGACACGUACGAGAUGGCGCUGUUCAGCUCCGCCAGCCGUAAGUACGGACUGGACGAGGCCGUACUGGGUUUUGCGGCGGGCACCGAUCCGGAGGCCGACAGCGCGCGCAUCGCCGACCUGCUGCGCAACGGCGCGCACGGGCUGCUUGGAGACGCGGAGGCGGGGGCCAAGAAGGGCGAGGCGUUUGCGGGCGAGGACAUCAACCAGAUCCUGGAGGGCCGCACUGAGCGCCGCCAGAUCGGCUCCCGCGCCGGCAACACCUUCUCCGUCGCCACCUUUGCGUUGGACGACGCGCCGGGCGGCGGCGGAGCCGGCGACGGGCUGCCGCCACGGCGCCGGGGGCGCGGCGCAGCCGCAGCAGAGGACGAGGCUGAGAAGGAGUACUGGCGGCAGCUGCUGCCUGACGCCGUAGCUAACCAUGAGAACAAGGCAACAGAGGCCCCUGUGGUGCUGGGCCCUCGCAAGCGCACCAAGGUGUGCUACAACGUGGACGCCGCGCUCAAGAAGCGCUACGCCAACGACUCCUCAGACUCGGACUCUGAUUUCGAGAAGGAGCAGAGCAAGGACGCGUCGGGGAGCGGCGGCGAGGGCGGCUCCGGCAGUGAUGGCGGCGCCAAGGACGAGGCCGCUGCGGCGGCGGUUGGGAAGAAGCGGCGCCGCAGCGCCAAGCGUGCCGCGGCUGAGGGCGGCGAAGGCGGGGGUGUGGAGGGCGCCGAGGGCGGUGAGGGGGCGGCGGCGGAGGGCGCAGGUGGAGAGACCGGGAAGGGCAAGGGCCGCGGGCGGCGGCCGGGAGCCCACUGGAGCAAGGUCGAGGUGAAGAUGCUUGAGGACCUGGUGAACAGCAUCGGCGGCGACAGGUGGGACGUGGUGGUAGAGGCGAUGCAGCCCACCAAGCGCAGCCCGGCCGAGGUGGAGGAGGCUGCCCGCGCGCUGUGGGCGCUGUACGGCACUGCGGUGGAGAUCGCGCGGCAGCGCCUGAACGCGCGCAUUGUAGCCAUGCGGGAGACCUCUGCGCCGGAGCCGGGAGCCGAGAACGCACCGGCGGGGGCUGCGGCGGCGCAGGGAGCCAAGCCCGAGGGUGCGGGCGCGGAGGGUGCCGCGGCGGGAGGUGCUGGUGCGCCGGCGGGCACGGAUGGCUUUGACAAGUGGGAGCUGCAGCUGCUGGAGGAGCUGAACAAGCUGCCCGAGUCGCUGCGCGGCGUGUUGGCGGUGCCGGCCACUGUGCUGCGGUUCCGCAAGGAGGGAACCUUCUUCAUGAACCACAUGAAAGACAUGAUGGAGGUGGCUGCCUGGGUCCUGCCGGAGCUCGCCAAGCGCCAGGAGGCCGCAGCAGCAGCAGCAGCCGCAGCAGCUGCCGGGGCAGCCAAGGACAAGGAGGAAGGCGGCGCCGGCGGCAGCAGCCCCAGCGGCUCCGGGCCCAGCCCGCCGCCGCACCUGGUGCCGCACAUCCCCGUGACUGAGAAGUCGGGGCUGCCGGGCUGGUGGGGCCGCGCCGAGGACGACGCGCUGCUGAUUGCGGUGGCGCAGGUGGGCUACAUGCGCGGGCGGCCCAGCCGCACCGUCGCGCAGGCGCUCAAGGCCGGCCACCUGGCCACCCGGCUCGCCGACCUGAUGCCCCUGGCGGAGGCGCCCGCGGCGGAGGAGGACGCGGAGGGCGGCGGCAAGGCCAAGGACACGGCCAAGGCUGCGGGGGCGGACGGCAGCGAUGACGACGUGGUGAUGGUGGAGGCGGGGCCGGAGCCGGAGGAGCGCGACAAGAAGGCGGAGGGGGACAAGCCCCAGACGGAAAAGGGGGCUGCCGCGAAGGAGACACAGCGGAUGACGCAGGACGACUUCAAGGCGCUGCAGCGCGCGAUGGCCCAGCGCCUGAGCAAGGUCAUCGACAAGGCGCUGAUGAACCACCGCUGGGAGGUCAACCGGGCCAAAAUGGCCGCGGAGGGCCGCAGUCUGCCGCAGUCGCGUCCGUCGGCGCCGCCGCUGCCGCGGCCCCAGGCGCAGCUGAACCUGACCAAGGUCACGCCGCCACAGCCGCAGCAGCGCCCGGCUGCCGCGACUCCGGCCGCGGCCGCACCUGCCGCCGCGGCGGCGCCCGCCGCGGUCAAGCCGGCGCCGGCAGCCGCCAUCGCACCGGCUUCGGCGCGCAGGUCACUGCCACCAUCGCCCGUCGACAGGCCGGAGCAGAGGUCAUUGCCGCUCAAGGCGGCCGGCGCCUCCAAGCCGAACUCAGCAGCAGGCGCGUCCACAGCACCCGCCGCCAAGGGGGCUGCUGCCGCCUCCACGGCUGAUGCCACGGCGCUGGCUGCUGCUCAUGUUGCAGCUGUUGCUGCUCCGGCAGCGGUGGAUGCAGGGGACACCAAGAAGGAUGCUCCGCCGGCUGCGGCCGGUGAUGCCACGGCAAAGGCCAGCAAGGCCGCGGCCGGUGGUGCCGCGGCUGGCACUGGAGCUGCUGCUGCUGCCGGCAAGAAGAAGCAAAUGACACUGCCAUUUGCACGCCUCAGCAGCGGUGGCGCAGGCGGCGCUAGCGUCAGUAAGCUCAAGAAGCCGGCGGCCACAACAACAACAACUGCAGCGGCAGCGGCGGCGGCGGCCACCACAGCGGCAGCAGCGGCAGUCACGUCAACAGCGGCGGCGGCGGCCGCGCCUGCGGAGCCCGUCCCGGCAGCUGCGCCCAAGGCGGCGGCCGUCAAGCCGCUGGGCAAGGCGACGCUUGGCGGCUCCUCCACGCCGACUAGGAACAUUCGGUCGGCGGCGGCGCCUGUGCCGGAGCCGGGAUCAGCGGAGCGGCCCAUCGAGUUGGAUGACAGCGAGUGAGCGGCAGCUAGAGAGCGGGGCCGGGAGCAGGGAGCGGCGAGGUUAAGGUGGUUGGCGAUGGCGUCUGGGGUCGCAAGGUGCCGCACAUGUUCGAUUGGUGUGCGAGAGGAUAGGAAGUAGGGAUGGAAGUGUGGAAUGGUGUGGAAAGACGUGCAGAUGGAGUGUGCGCGCGUGUUUGCAGGGGUUUGGCUGUCAGACCUACGCGCGCUUGUGACAAUUCUGAUUGCAUCCUAGGCAUGGUAAUGUUGAUGUCUUCGUGCUGCCAUCGCAGCUGUGAUUCAGCCGGCCAGUCUGCCGGGCAAGGACUGGGAAACGGCGUGUGCACGCACACCCCCGCAGACCUGUUGUGCGUGAUCCGGCCUCGCCCGUAUGGCUCCCGGCAGACUCUGUGGUUAACUUGAGAGAAGAUGCUACCAGACGAUUGCACGGGUACUGCGCCUUAAAGCUGUGGGCAGAGCCAGCGCUCGUAUCUUCCUUCGUUCGGAACGAAAUUUGCCCCAAAAGGCCUCUGGCGGACGAAAUUGUUUUGAUCAUGACUUGGAGUUUCGGCCAAAACGCACGGGAUCUUGGGGGGUCUUUCGGCAAACAGACGAAGACAUUUUUGGGAUUUCGGCCACUUUUGGCCAAGGACAGGGGGUUCCAGCGGCUACUCCACGGCCGAAACCUGCGUGGCAUAUGGUAAGAAGGCUCAAAGGGCUGUAUCUAUGGGUGUUGACGGCGGGAGACAGGUUUUCCCCUGGCGGGAGAGUGAGGUUGGGUCGGCGGGAAGCAGGGAAGGAGUGGGCGUGUCGUGUCGGUGUCGACAUCGUGCGGGGCGGGGGCGGAGCCCCCGGAAACAUUUUGGGGGUGAACGAAGCGGCGGCAGCCUGUUUCGUCAACUAAACGAAGCCAUUUUAAGGAAUUCGGCCACUGACGCCGCCCCUGCCUUCGGAAGAUACGAGC